AUGGACGUACUUCGACUCGAGCAACCCAAAAAACUUGGCUGGUACUACGCGCCCUUCUUCACAGCAUUUUGGAUAAUCCUUGGUUUGGCUAUAGUACUCACACAAUUAAACCAUUUACCCACACCACUCACACACAGAGAUGAAACAGCACAUCCCGAUUCCUUUAUUGCUGAACGCGCCGAAGAGAUACUUGUCAAUUUAACCAGCCUCGGUCCGAGAGUAGUGGGUAGCAACACAAACGAAGUAGAAACGAUCGAGUUAUUGUUGAACGAGAUCGAAAAAGUACAAAAUCAGAUGAGCGAUUAUUUUGAUAUUGAAGUGGAUACGCAAAUUGUCUCCGGUCAAUCCUCCCGCUUUCAUUUAUACCAAGGAGUGCAAAAUGUCCUAGUUAAACUGAGUGCAAAAAACAAUACGAGCCCCAAUUAUUUGCUUAUCAAUGCUCACUUUGACAGCGUUCCCGGUAGUCCGGGUGCUGCAGAUGAUGGUUCGAUGGUGUCCACAGUGCUGGAAGUGCUACGCGUUAUCGCAAAAUCGAAUGGACCUCUCGAGCAUCCCAUAGUGUUUCUAUUCAACGGCGCGGAAGAAGAAGGUUUGGAUGGAACGCACGGUUUUAUCACACAACACAAAUGGGCUAAAAAUUGCAAAGUGGUAAUCAAUUUGGAUGCUGCUGGUUCGGGUGGACGGGAGCUUCUUUUCCGGUCCAGUGCUAGUAAUUCAUGGCUAAUUAACUAUUAUCGCAAAGUGCCACAUCCGUUCGCCACAACAUUGGCCGAGGAUAUUUAUCAAACGAAUCUUAUAUCUUCUGGUACAGAUUUUAAAAUUUUUCGCGAUUACGCCGGUAUGCUGGGUCUUGAUUUUGCAUAUAUUUACAAUGGAUACGUUUAUCACACGGAAUUCGACAGCAUGAAAGUUUUGCCCAUUGGUUCUCUUCAAAAUACUGGCGAUAAUGUCCUAAGUCUAGCCAAAUCUGUAGGCAAUGCACCGGAAAUGUGGAAUCUAACGGCAGCGGACAACAAAACGGAUCAUUUAAUUUUCUACGAUUUUCUCGGCUGGUUUAUGCUUUCCUAUACACUAAGCACCAGCAUUAUCAUCAAUUAUGUCGUAUGUUUAGCCACUUUAAUAGCAAUUACUCGGUCGCUCUUUAUGAUGUCAAAGGCAACAAAUCUGGGCUGGCUCGCCAUAAUAUCUCAAUACGCUCUUGCCCUGCUGCUACAAAUAUUCUCUAUCGCCGUGGGUGCGACUGCCUCGAUUUUCAUAGCAUACUUUUUGGAUAGCAUAGGAUAUUCCAUGUCGUGGUUCUCUAGCGAUUGGCUGAUAUUCGGCCUCUACUUUUGUCCAAUAUUUUAUUUCUUAGGCAUUUUUCCGGCUCUCUUCUUAGAGUGUACAAAACGGCACCCGCUCUGCUUGAGUUUUCGUAUUCAACUUUUCCUGCACUCGCAAUGUCUCAUUUUAAUAGCACUCACGAUUGCCUUAACCAUUUUGAAUAUUAAUUCAGCGUUCAUGUGUAUGCUGGCCGUAUUUUUUUAUGCAGUUGCUCUUAUAAUUAAUUUGAUAACGAAACUACAUAGCAAAGGUUACUGGUUCGCAAUCGCCGUUAUAGCCAGCCAAAUAGUUCCGUUUAUGUUCUUUUCUUAUGUAGCACAAUUUGUAUAUUAUUUAUUUAUACCGGUGUUGGGACGCUCGGGAACAACUUUAAAUCCGGAUAUACUAAUUUCCAUCGUAGCUACAAUAUUUUCUGUCUUAAUUGGAGGAUUUUUGAUGCCACUGUAUCUUUUGUUUCGAAAAGCGCGCUCGAUUAUAUUUUGCUUUCUCGGUAUCACUUUAUUAUUCGUUAUACUGGCUAUUACACCAAUUGGUUCGCCGUAUACUGCGAAAUUGGCACCACAGCGUUACUCAGUUCAGCAUACCUAUCAAAUAUUUCAUAAUGCCGAUGGCAGUAUCCGCUUCAAUGAAUCAGCUAUUUAUGUAUACCCAAUAGAUCGGCAUACUAACACAGCGAAAGAUGUAAUAAAUCGUUUUAAAACUAUGCACAACAUCAGCGAUGUUUGCAAUGAUGAAAUCUCUUGUCAGCUGCGUAGACCCAGUAUUUUCUACACAGCGAGCGCUUUCUGGUUACCCGUCGAUGAGGCCCCAAUUAUACCAAGCGAAAAACCUCUACUAACGCUCACUAACGAAAUCAUAUUGAAUACGCCGAACACAAAACGUUACAAUUACACUUUAACAGGACCAGAUCACUUGACGAUUUUUAUUCUACCAAAAGCACCGGCCAGGGUUGUGAAUUGGCCUUUCGACAAAACGUUACUACCAAAUAGUGGAUACUUCAUGAGUUUUGUAUACGGCAAAGAUAAUAAAGCGCUAGAGUUUUUCAUAGACUUGGAGUUACCCGCCAAUAAUUCGAACACACCAAAUUUGGAAAUUGGCAUUGCUGGCAACUGGGUCCACCAAUCGGUUCAACAUGCAGAAAUUUAUGAAGAAUUUUUACAGAGUUUUCCAGAUUAUACGACAAUUGUGAACUGGGUUGCCACGUAUGACAGUUGGUUGUUCUGAUGCGCAAUAAAAGUUUAAUAAGUGAUGAA